GUAGGAAGCAAAUUUAUCUCCAGGAGCUGCUGAGCGAUUCAAGUCCGACAGAUUUCUUUAUAGCAGCCACAAUGUCAAAUAAGGAGGUGAAGGCAGCAUUGAAGAGUGCUAGAGAUGCAAUAAGAAAUAAACAGUACAAGGAGGCCUUAAAACAUUGCAAGGCAGUCUUGAAGCAAGAAAAAAAUAACUACAAUGCUUGGGUAUUCAUUGGCCUGGCAGCUGCUGAGUUAGAGCAGCCUGAUCAGGCCAAAGGAGCAUACAAGAAGGCUAUUGAACUUGAACCAAACCAGUUACUGGCAUGGCAGGGAUUAGCAAAUUUGUAUGAGAAACCAAAUCAAACAGAUGUCAAAGGAGACUUAGCAGAUGUGUACCAAAAACUCUUGGAACUUCAUGAAAGUGGUGACAAGCAGAAAUGGUGUGAUAUAUGUAACAAGCUUGUGGAACUAUACCAUCAAGAAAAGAAAUAUUUAGAGGUGGCUGAAACUUGGCAGAAACUAAUAAGGAUGAAACAGGAGGAAGGUGCAGAAAAGGCAGAGCUUCAUCAGCUUUGGAAGAAGAUGAUCGAGUUACUGAAAGACAGUACAAGGAACCAGGAUAAUAAGACUGGGCAGUUGCUUUUGACUGCAUUUGAACAUGCGCUGCAUUCUGCUGACACUGUUCCUGGUGAAGACCACCAAAAUCUUUACAAAGACUUCAUACAGUGCUUGUCUAAAUUUCCUCAUGAAGUCACUAGGUUGGAAAAGGCUUGUGAUGAUAUGAUGGCUUUGUACCCUUCUAUGACUUACCCUUUGGAAGUACUUUGCUUGCACUUUGUUCAGUCAGGUACUUUGCCGGAAAAGGCCCUGCACUGUUUCUCUAAACUUUUGGAGAUGGAUGCAAGCAGUGGUCCAGGCAUCAUUGGUUUUGGUAUAAAAUGCCUCAAAGAAAAUAAAUACAAGGAGGCUGUUAAGAGUCUUACUGAAGGUUUGCAGAAGACUAAGCAGUGUCCAGCUGCAUGGUAUUAUCUAGCAGAGGCACAGAUGAAGAUCCAUGAACACAGGAAUGCUGUCCUGUCCUGCAAUCAAGCUCUUGAGGCUCUUGGAACUCCUGAGGGUCCUAAUCUUCAGUGGAAGAACCUUGUCUUUCAGUUGAAAGCAGAGACUUUGAUUAAAAUAGCUGAUGCUGAUGCUGCAGAAGAAGCCAUAAAAGCACUUGAGCAGAUUGUAGAUGGAACCAGUGAUCCAGUGAUUUCAGCUCUCAGGGGUCAGGCUUAUCUGAACAAAGGUUUAAUGGAUCAGGCUUCAAAGGUUUCACAAGAGCUUCUCUUGUCCCACCCUGAUCUGGCUGAGGCCCAUGCUCUAGAGGGUUUCAUCCAUUAUUCCCAAAAGAACUAUGAGCAGGCAGAAAAAAGUUUUCUACAUGCUAUUGAAAGAAAGGCUGGAAUUGCAGAGUAUCAUCAGUACCUGGGGCUCACAUACUGGUUCAUGAGUGAUGAGACAAGAAAAGACAAAGGAAAAGCACUCACUCAGUUCUUGAAGGCUGCAAAAUUGGACAGCUACUUGGGAAGUGCCUUUUGUUAUCUAGGUAACUACUACAGAGACAUUGCUGGAGACAAAAGCAGAGCUCGUGGUUGCUAUAAAAAGGCUUUUGAACUGGAUGAGACGGAUGAAGAAUCUGGAACAGCGGCUGUCAAUUUAAGUGUGGAACUUGGAGACAUGGACACUGCUUUGUCAAUCUUGAAUGAGGUAACUGAAAAAGCGAGACCUGGUACAGCAAAAUGGGCCUGGCUUCAUCGUGGACUUUACUACUUGAGAACUGGUCAGCCGUCACAAGCAGUGGCUGAUUUGCAGGCAGCUCUCAGGGCUGAUCCAAAGGAUUCCAACUGCUGGGAGUCUCUAGGGGAGGCUUACUUCAACAGAGGUAGCUACUCAACAGCUCUGAAAUCCUUCAGGAAAGCAAGUGAGCUGAACCCAGGGCUUGUGUACAGCAUUUACAGAGCUGCAGCACUUGAGCAGAUUCUAGGCAAAUACGAAAAUGCUAUAGCUACCUAUCAACAAAUACUAAAGAAGACAGAAAACUAUGUGCCUGCACUGAAAGGACUUGGUGAGUGUUAUCUCAUGCUGGCAAGAUCAGCCCUUGAUAACUAUUUCGAUAGGAAGGCUGUGGAUUACAUAGAACAGGCCCUUGCAUAUUUUACAAGGGCAGUAAAGCACCGUCCUGAUGUAUCUUGCCUCUGGAAACUGUUAGGAGAUACCUGUACUAGUGUACAUGUUAUUUCACCAGCCAAAGUGAAUGUUCAAGUACUAGGAUCCCUUCUGAGUAAAAAUGCAACCAAACAGGUGCUAACGAAAAAUGAGCUUCUCAUACUGGGAGGAAGGUGUUAUGGCAGAGCUUUAAAACUGAUGUCUUUGCCAAGCAUAUGGUGUGAUCUUGGAAUAAAUUAUUAUCGCCAAGCGGAGCACCUCACAGCAGUGGGCACUGACAUGAAUGAGAUCAGUGAACUGUUAGAGAAGUCUUUGCAGUGUCUCAAAAAAGCUGUGAGACUUGACAGCAAAAAUCAUCUUUAUUGGAAUGCACUUGGUGUAGUUGCUGCUUGUAGUGCUAUUGGGAAUUAUGCUCUUGCACAACAUUCGUUCAUCAAAUCUGUUCAAGCUGAGCAAAUUAAUGUUGUUGCUUGGACCAACUUGGGGGUUUUAUAUCUGGCAACUGGAAACAUUGAGCAAGCUCAUGAAGCCUUCAAGGUAGCCCAGUCUCUGGAACCUUCUUACCUCUUGUGUUGGAUUGGACAGGCUCUUAUUGCAGAGACUGUAGGCAGCUAUGAUACCAUGGAUCUCUUCAGGCACACAACUGAACUCAGUAUGCAUACUGAGGGAGCAAAAGGCUAUGCCCACUGGGUAUGUUCAACGCUGCAGGAUGAAGCCAACAGAAACACUGAACUGUAUCUGUAUAACAUUGUUCAAAUGAAUGCUAUACCAGCAGCCCAAGUGGUCUUGAGCAAAUAUACAGAAAGAAAUCCAGAUGAUGCUUCUGCUUUCACAAUGUUUGGGUUUUUGAAUGAGUAUCUGGAUCUAAAACAGCAGGCAGCCUAUGCCUAUGAGAGGGCAGCUUCACUGCUGAAAAACUCAGAGGAUACUGAGAAAUACAAUACAGCAAUGCAAAACUAUGGCAGGUCACUCUGUGCUCUUGGGCAGUGUGAUGAGGCUAUUGAAGUUUACACAUCAAUACCCCUAACAGAGUUUGAUGGCAUUGUGGGGCUAGCAUUAGCUUACUUCAAGAAAGGACUCUUAGAAGAAAGUAUCAAAGCCUAUGAAAAAGCGUUGUCUGUUGCUGAGUCUGAAAAAGAUAAAGCACAUAUCCUGACUGCCUUGGCAAUAAUAGAAUAUAAACUGAACAAAGUGGAUGCUGCAAAGACACUACUGUUUAAAUGCUCAUUAAAGGAACCUAGUACGGAAAGUCUGAAGGCUUUGUGCACAUUGGGAUUGGUAAAGCAGGAUGCAACACUUGCAACAGCAGCCCUAAAAGAAUUACUGAAGCAUGAAAAAGGGAAUGAUGGGAUUUAUGAGAGGUGUCUCAUUGCAUCUGCUGUUUAUGCAUUACAAGGUAGAAAUGUGGCAAUCCAGAGGGAAGUCUCCAAAGCAAUACACAGUUACCCUGAUAAUCCUGCCCUUUGGUCUCUUCUGUCUCGACUAGUUCCACUGUAUGCAUCAAAAAAGCCUAAAGGAGGAGCUGUGGCAGGAAGUGUUGCACAUACACUUGAUGUAAACUGUGGAAAGGAAGUCCUGCUGAAUAUCGCAGUUAAUCAGUUGGUAGCAGGAUGUCACAUGUUAGAAGAUAAGAAAAACAAUCCUCUGAAAAAUAUUCAGAAGGCCAUCCAUGUCUGUCCAGAUAAUCCUGUUGCUUGGGCAGUGCUAAUGGCAGCCUGUCAUGCUGAAAACACUGUUGUCUGUCUAAACAACACUGAACCGAAACGAACAGGCCUAGAGAUGACACUUGUGUCUACAGUUUCAGCCAAAACUGGAGAAAGUAAUCUUCCACAUAAUUAUGUCCGUACUCUUGAAGACUGGUGUCUGUGUCAAGCUAUUACCAGUCUAGGGGAGACUGGUAAACUGUCAGAAGCUGAAGCUCUUUGUAACAAGGGUUUAAAAAGCUGCCCUGAGCACCCAGCUCUGUUUUUGCUUUUGAGACAAAUUCAGUGUAAGCAGCUGUUGCAGUCUCACAAAGAACUUCCAGACAACAUCCUGGAGGAACUUCGCAAGACAGUCAUGUCCAGUUCAUCCUCAGCUGCAGCCUGGCAAUGGCUGGCGAAAAUAUAUCAGUCUCAGAGAAUGAUGACUGGAGCAGAGAUGUGUUACAGAAAGAGUCUGCAGUUGGCAUCACAGCAGGGCAGCUGGAACGGGAAGUUAUCCAGUCUGCUCAGGCUAGCUAUGCUCGCACUGGAAAUCUGCAUGGGUAAUGUCUCAAAUGAACACUGGCCAUCCUUGGUUCAGGAGGCAACGACUGAAGCUUUGAAACUUUCACCUUCCCCUUUGGCAGCUCUGCUUCAAGCCCUGCUACAAUAUAAUCGCAAAAUGGGAGCAAGGGAAACUCGGCGAAUGUUGGAGAGAAUUGUUUACCAACCAGCCAAUCCAGAAACCAUAGUGUCAGUGGCACGCUGGUACCUCCUGCAACAUCUGUAUGCCAAAGAUGAUUGUGAAUUAAUAGAUGUGCUUAUAGAAAAUGCCAAAGCUAAUGGAGAUGUUAGAGCUCUGGAAUUAAAUGAGAAAUUAUCAUCAAGUGCCUAGAAUGGACUAUCUGAAGCAAAACACUCUUAUGUUCAUCCAGUUGAAUUAGUUCACCUUCCACAAGUGUAUAGAGUUUGGGCUGUUUUGUUUAUUGUGUCUGAUUUAUUUUUUUCUGCUUCAUCAACUGCAGCCUUGUCUUUAGUUUUGCUUUUUCUUGAACAAAAGUAGGUUAUUUUCAUGUUGAGUUACACACAUAAAAUCACAUUUAUUUGGAAAAGAAAAUCCUGAAAUUUGCUUUUGUUUGCUUCCCCCACUUAAACUUUGUUGCUAUUCACAAUAGAGUAUUUCCCCCCUAACUUAUGUAGCAAACAGAAUUCCCCUUUAUCUACUCAUGCAUCUGUGUCAGGUCUGAGGGUUCUUGGGCUCUGAUAACUCCUGGACAGCAGCUGGGGCCCCCUUCUGGGAGUGCUGGGUCACCAAAACUGAUGCCUUGUGAAGGCUGACCUAGAACAGGGACUAGAUGGAGUUAAAGAAUAAAGUAGGUAUUUAUUGGAAGGCCUCAAUGGAUACACCUUGGGCAGUACAAGAGCCCAGCCUGGGCUACACCCCAGAUGAACCCAAAACGGUCACAAAAUGGAUGACUGAUCACGAGGUCUCUCACUUUUAUAAGUUCUGGUCCAUUACCAUAUUGGAGUUAAUUGUCCAUUUACAGCUUUAGAUCAUGAAGCCCCAUCCUUCUUGUUUUUCUCUCCUCGGGCCACAUUUAUGCUCUUGGCCCUGAGAUUUGGGUGGUUGUCCUUGGUCCCAGGCUAGGAAAGGAAAGGAAUUGUUUU